UAUGUGGAGAGGAGAUGACCAUUGCACUCACUUUGUGUUUCAUGUCACCGUCAUGCAGUUCACAUUUCUCCAUGUUUAAUGUGACCCCGGCUUCCUGGAGUUUGUUGAGAACGGUGUGUAUCCCACUUCUGACACCAAUGGGCAGAAGACUGCGCACUCCACUGCCCCAGCAUCCAUCUCUCCUAACUCCAGAGCUUCCAGACAGCACCGUCGUCGCAACUAGAGAAAGGGAGAGGAGAGCAAAGGACACUGCAAGUUUCAACAAAAGACACCGGGUGAGAGAUCUGAGUCAACUCACUCCAGGUCAACCAGUGUGGAUUACAAAUACAAAGUCUCAAGGCACAGUGGUUUCACCCCACUCUGCCCCACGUUCAUACAUUGUGGACUGCCCUACAGGCACGAUCAGAAGGAAUAGACACCACCUUGUCCCUUUUCCAGAGACUGUUCCACACACACCUCGCACACUGACACCCAGCACUCCACCCCAACCAGGUGAGGCAACACUGGGUUCUCCAGAACGCCCCAAGUCACCUCCAACACAGACUCCCAAGGCACUUACACCUGUCCAUACACACACACAUGGUAUAACCACUAGGUGUGGCAGAGUGGUGAGAAAACCUCACAGUCUGGACUUGUAAACUGUGGGAGGGGGAGAGAGAAACAAAUGAAAAAGAAAGUGAAAAGAAAAAAAACCCGAUGUGAAACAAGUAAGACUGGUGAAUGUUUUGUAUUCUGAUGGUUACACUAUUUGCCUCCAAAGAUAUUGCCUGACUAUGUUUGCUUUUGUUAUUUUUCUUGAGAAGUAUUAGGAGUGCAUUAUUCCAUUGUGAGUGAAUAUAUGUUAUUUCAUGCAAAGGGUUACAGAUUUUACAUUAUCUGACAUACCACUGAAAAUGUUAGUCUGUUUAGUUUUCUAGAAAGGGAGAUGUGGUGUUAUCUGUUAUGCCUUUAUUUUGAUAUAGCAUACAGGAUGUCCGGGACCGGAUGUUACGUAAUGACGCUUGAUGGUGUGACACAGGAAAUCCUAUGCUAGACUGAGGCUAGUCGGAAUAAAAUGCAUUGCUUACAUAAACCGUCUGAUCAUUACAACCCAUACCACGACACACUCUAACAUAAAAUCUGCUUUGUGAGAAGAAUGAUCUUAUCAGACAGAAAAUAAGCAAAUAUCACCCUUAUUUGAGAUAUUU